AAAGCAGCACAGCAGCCGCGACUUUGUCUGAGGUCUGAGGAAGCAGUCUGAAACCGCGAGCGACAGAAAACAGAUUUCCUCCCACUGAAGAAGCAGAAGCAGUGUCAGUGGAGACACCAGAGGUGAAUCUGUUCAUUCUGCAGCCUCUACUGGAUCUUCAUCCUCCUCCUCCUCCUCCUCCUCCUCCUCCUGUAACUUCAGCUGCUGCAGCUCCUUCAUAACCUGCCGCGGACUCAGUCGUUGUCAUGGCGUCAGCAGCUCUGGAGCUGAUGGGCUUCUUCCUGGGCCUGCUGGGGUUGCUGGGUACCCUGGUCGCCACGGUGCUUCCGUACUGGCAGAUUUCCGCCCACAUCGGCUCCAACAUCGUCACGGCCGUGGCCAACAUGCGGGGCCUGUGGAUGGAGUGCGUGUACCAGAGCACGGGGGCCUUCCAGUGCGAGACCUACAACUCCAUGCUGGCCCUGCCCUCCGACCUGCAGGCCUCCCGCGCCCUCAUGGUCAUCUCCAUCGUCCUGUCCAUCCUUGCAAUUGCAUUGGCGUCCCUGGGGAUGCAGUGCACUCUGUGCCUGGAGGGCUCUGGCGCGGUCAAGAGUCGCGUGGCUGGUGCUGGCGGGGGCUUGUUCCUCACCGCAGGCUUCCUGGCACUCAUACCUGUGUCGUGGACCACGCACGAGGUGGUCCAGACCUUCUACAGACCCAACAUCCCCUCCAGCAUGAAGUUUGAGCUGGGCGAGUGUUUAUACGUGGGUCUGGCCUCCGCGCUCAUCUCUAUGUUGGGGGGGGGGAUGCUGUGUGUGUCGUGCUGCGAGGAGCAGGAAGGUGGUCGUGGGAGACGACACGCCGGAGGUUAUCCAUAUCCUGUAGGAGGCGGCAUGUCCGGCACAGGGGUACGGACAACCUCACAGCUCUACCGCAACCCCACGCUGCAGGCGGGAGGUUUGAACCCGCCCAGCAGGGGGCAGACACUGGUACGCAGCACCAGCGACAGCUCCCACUCCAGUGCACAUGUCCAGGGCGCCAAGAAGCCCACGGCAGCAGGAUAUGACAUCACAGGAUAUGUCUGAGGUCACUCCAUCACACCUUUAACUGACAGCUUACAUUAAAUUAUAUGUAUUUAUACAAAUGAUGUCGUUAAAACGAGAUGUUGCUGCUUCAUCUUCUGUAAGCUUCAGCAACAACAACAACAACAACAACAACAACAACAACAACAACAACACAGGCUGCAGCAACUGUUUAUUAUCUCACUGUAGCUUCUCUCAAGACUGUACUCUUACUUUGAAAAAGACAGGAUGUCUAAUUAUUGUAUAACAUGGGUAAAAACUAAACGGUUGAGUAGAAAAGUCAUAAAUCAUUUGAAUAGAAUUUAUAAAUAUAAAAGGAAAGUUGUUUUAUAUUAUAUUCUUCUCGGACAUUGGGUGGAUAUUUGAUCACGUUGAAUAAUUAAGACUCCUGCAGUGAUGAUACUAAGUGAAAGAAACUCAGAUGUGUAUAAAGUAUUUGAUGUGUGUGUCAAUAUUCUGCAAACUAACUCUGACAUUCCUGCUGUGAACCCGGUGAAACUCUUCUCACACUGAACUGAGUCGACAUCAACACGUCGAUCUUCAGUUUGUCCACGUGAAGUUGAAGCAAAUCAAAAUAUAACUGAACGUACUUCAGUUGUUGGUCAUCGUGCCUUAAUGUCACGGUGUGAAGAUGUUUGGACUACCGUCUGUGAGGAAGGACGUUUUAUUUUUUCACUUUUCUACUUGUCUGUGUUUCAGCAUGAACCCGUCACAGUGAAGGAAUUUACCGACCCGACACAAAAUGUGUGUCAGAAUCAUGAAAAUCACUUUUUCUUCUGUAAUCUUUACUGUUUUAUUCUCCUUCAGCGUAUUCUUCUUUUUUCUGAUGAUUGUCAGGGAUGUUUUUUUUUUACAUUUCCAUCUGAUUUAAGCACCAAUAUUGUUUUUUAUCUUAUUUUUUACUUUGGAAAUAAAUCCAGAUACUUCUUAGGGAAGGCCUCUCUGCUGUCACUGUAAGAUACAGCCUGAUGUGAGGGGUGCUCGUGUUUUUACAGUGUGGAAUGGGGAAAAGAUCACAGCCCUGAACUGAAGGCAAACAGAACGUCAACACAAACAAACCUGAUCAAACAAAGCCUCUGCUGUCGUACGAUCGAUGAGAGGUUCCUGUUCCACUAACGGACCGAUCGUUAGAGCGACCUGCACGUUCUCACCGGGUCACUUUACUGUGACAAAACUUUUGAAAGCAAGUUUAAGAUUUGAGACUCGGGAGGAGAGGUGGCACUAGUUUUAAUUAACCGACCUUUCAACAAGAGUCUUAUAUGAGCAGCAGAUGAUGCAUAUCCCACAGGAUUCAUUAUGUUCGAGCAUGUGGGUGUUACAGGGCAUAAUUGAGGUCACUGGACUUUCAGGGCAACAAAUAAACACUUUAUGAUUUGUC